AUGAAGCUUUACGCAAUAGCCGCAGUAGCGGCUCUUGUCGGUACCGGGUUUUCGGCCAAGAACGAACGAACCUUCGCUGUUCUUCGCUUUACGAACAAGCAGCUCACCAAAGGUCGAAUGGACCCUAUUGUCAGCCCAGGGCAAGUCUCUACUCAUGUCCACUCCAUUUUCGGUGGCAGCAACUUCGGCCUCGGUUCGACCGGCAAAGAUCUUAUGGACUCCAAAUGCACUACUGCCAUGAUCAAGGGUGACAACAGUAACUACUGGGUCCCGUCUCUUUAUUUCAAAGAUCCAAAGACUGGCAAGCUUGAAGAUGUCGAACUGUUUUACGCCAACGCUUAUUACUUCUUCGAGCCGACCAAUGAUGAUAUAAAGGCGUUCCCAGUUGGACUGUCGAUUAUGAGCGGAGAUCAGACGAUUCGAACACCGCCCAAAGACGGAGCAACUUCUAACCUCGAUCCAUCCAAAGGCACCGUUAACCCCAUCAAAUGGACCUGUCCUCGUUCCAACUUUGACUCUCCUUCAUGGCCUGCGGGCUCCAACGGUCUCGCGGCGGGUAUCCAGGACCCCAACAAUAAGGGAGAGGGUGUUGGUUUUCCUGACGUGAACUGUGAUGGGUAUGCGUCACCUUUGAGAGCAGAUGUUCACUUCCCCUCUUGCUACAACCCUGCUGCGGGCUUGACCAAUUACAAAGAAAACAUGGCCUUCCCCACUGAUGAUGGAAAGGGGAAACAAGACUGCCCCAAGGGAUGGAUUCACGUUCCUCACCUCUUCUUAGAAGUUUACUGGAACACUCCGCUUUUCAAAGACCGCUGGGAACAAGGAAAGGGUCAGCAGCCUUUUGUUCUUUCUAACGGAGAUGCUACGGGCUACAGCAACCAUGCAGACUUCAUGGCUGCCUGGGAUGAAAAGCUCCUUCAACACAUUAUUGACACUUGUAAUGCGGGCAGCCAGGGCAUGGACAAGUGCCCCGGUCUCAAUGGCCUGAACAAGGAUGACUGCACUAUCAAAUCGCAAGUUGAUGAAACCGUUGACGGUGUUCUGGAUGCUCUCCCCGGAGAUAAUCCCAUUACUGGUUGGUCCUAUGGUGGAAAUGGAACCGAAGGAGGUGGUAAUGAGCCCAAACCCUCGCAGUCUCAGUCUACUGGAGGAGAUAACACUGCUAAGCCAUCGAGCACUAACAAAGCUGGAGGCGACAAUACCAGCACUGCCAAGCCAACCAACUCCCAGCCUGCUCAGCCAACCAACUCUCAGCCUGCUCAGCCAACCAACUCUCAACCUACUCAGCCAACCAACUCUAAGCCUACUGGAGGAGACAAUACCAGCAAGGUCUCCAGCGCCGCGCCCACAUCAGACAACAAGCCAACCUCGACCAAGAAUCCUGAUAACGCAACCACCAAGACGCAGCCUACCUCAGAGGCGGGCAGUUCUAAGCCUACGCUGCCGUCUCAACCAUCUGCGUGCACCCCAAAGAUUCAUACUGUCUACGAGACGAUUACUGUAACGGCACAAUUGCCAGGAGCCACCGAUCGCCCCGUUUCAAAUUCAACUCGCACUGCCGGAGAUUUCAAAUAUGCCGGUUGCUUCAAGGACUCUAGAGAUCGUGUUCUCAAAGACGAUGUCCGUCCCAACUUGGGCGCCAUUAGCAACGCCAAGUGUGUGGCUCACUGCAAGGCCAAGGGCUAUAAUCUUGCUGGUACUGAAUACGGGGGCCAGUGCUAUUGUGGCAAUGAACUUGUUAGAUCUGAGAAGCUUGAUGAUUCAGCGUGCAAUAUCGCUUGUGAAGACGAUAAAUCAGAUACAUGUGGAGGAGGUUGGGCACUCACCGUCUUCAGCAAGGAUGGCGAGGCCAGCUUGAAGGAUGUCAAAAGCCGGAGGCAUGCUCACGAGCACCUUCAACGACACCGAAGCCCGCACUAUUAG